AUGAUUGAUACAGUUGAACGAUUUCAAACAAAUCAUCAAACAAUACCAUAUUUUGAAGACGUUAGGCCAUUAACGGAAGGUUCAUUCAGUAAAGAUGGUUGUUGGAUGUUAAGUAAAUCUCAAUGUUUAACAGUAGAUCAACAACCAUACUAUAAUGAUGUUGGUUUGGGAUUGGAUUGGAUUGUUGAUUUGUACACAAAGACCACAUUAAAAAUGAUUUAUACAAAUCCAAUUGAAAGAUCAAAAACAAGCGAAGAAUAUUUAUGGUUACAAACUGUUUCACCAACAAUUAUGACAUUUGGAUUAGACAUUGCCACAUUCUAUUUUUCCUAUUAUUUAGCAAAUCAAGAAUGGUCAACUCUAGUUUUAACUUCAAUUUUAUCAGUCUCUUGUGUAUUAUUACUAUUAAUUUAUGUUGCUUUAUUUAGACCAUAUUUAAAGUUCCUUAGAGUUCAACAUAUUCAUACAUUGGCUUUAUUAAGACUUGCUCCUGAUGAUAUUAGGUACAUGGAAAUUAGUGAUAAAAUAAUUGGUGAAGAUUAA